UCCGGAAACAUUCACUAUAUAAACCAUGCAUUUGUGCUACUUCAACACUCAUCUUUCUCAUUUUUUCAUAAUACUCAUCCGUAAACUCUUUAUUCAUUAAUUUCUUUUUAUUUUUCUCCUUUGAGGAAAUUUAAAUUCACCCAUUAUUACCCGAAAUGGAAAACAGAAACGGAAAUGCGGGAAAGCCGGGGAAUGGGCUAACGAAAAUACAAACAAAUGGGAAUGAGAUAUGUCAUGAUGAUAGUUCGGGGUCGGUGAAGGCGCAAACAAUCGACGAACUUCAUUCCCUACAGAAGAAGAAAUCAGCGCCUACAACUCCUAGUACAGGUUAUCAAUUCGGUGCAUCUUUUGCUAAUUUGUCCGAAGAGGAUCGCCAACGACAACAACUCCAAUCCAUUAGUGCGUCAUUGGCGUCUUCAGCAAGAGAGACAGGGCCGAAGGUGGUGAAAGGAGACCCAGGAAAAGCUCACAAGCACGUGCAUCAUCACCCAGUUGUUCCAACGAUUAGCGUUAGUGACAGCGCUCUCAAAUUUACUCAUGUAUUCUACAAUCUCUCCCCUGCUGAAUUGUACGAGCAAGCAAUCAAACAUGAAAAAGGGUCGUUUAUUACAUCAACUGGUGCAAUGGCAACAUUGUCAGGAGCAAAGACAGGGAGAGCUCCAAGGGAUAAGCGUGUUGUAAGGGAUGAAACUACUGAGGAUGACCUUUGGUGGGGCAAAGGUUCGCCCAACAUUGAGAUGGAUGAACAUACCUUUAUGGUUAACAGAGAAAGGGCUGUUGAUUAUUUGAAUUCUCUGGACAAGGUAUUUGUGAACGAUCAGUUCCUCAACUGGGAUCCACAGAACAAAAUUAAAGUCAGGAUUGUAUCUGCUAGAGCUUACCAUUCUUUAUUCAUGCACAACAUGUGCAUCCGACCUACACCCGAAGAGCUGGAGGAUUUUGGUAGUCCAGACUUCACUAUAUACAAUGCUGGACAGUUCCCGUGUAAUCGUUACACCCAUUACAUGACAUCCUCAACUAGCAUAGACCUUAAUCUUGCUAGAAGAGAGAUGGUCAUCCUUGGCACUCAGUAUGCCGGGGAGAUGAAGAAAGGCCUUUUCAGUGUAAUGCAUUACCUCAUGCCUAAGCGUCAAAUUCUAUCCCUCCAUUCUGGCUGCAAUAUGGGCAAAGAUGGUGAUGUGGCCCUCUUCUUUGGUUUGUCAGGUACUGGGAAAACUACUCUGUCAACAGAUCAUAACCGAUACUUGAUUGGUGAUGACGAGCAUUGCUGGAGUGAUAAUGGUGUGUCAAAUAUCGAAGGUGGUUGUUAUGCUAAGUGUAUUGAUCUCUCAAGGGAAAAAGAGCCUGAUAUUUGGAAUGCCAUCAAAUUUGGAACUGUGCUUGAGAACGUGGUGUUCGAUGAGCACACUCGUGAAGUGGAUUACACUGACAAAUCCGUUACAGAGAAUACUAGAGCAGCUUAUCCUAUAGAGUACAUUCCAAACGCAAGGAUACCAUGUGUUGGACCACACCCGAAGAAUGUCAUACUUUUAGCUUGUGAUGCUUUCGGUGUGCUCCCACCUGUGAGCAAGCUGAAUCUUCCUCAAACCAUGUACCAUUUCAUCAGUGGCUAUACCGCUCUGGUGGCUGGUACAGUAGAUGGCAUAAAGGAGCCAACAGCGACAUUCUCAGCCUGCUUUGGUGCAGCUUUCAUAAUGAUGCAUCCAACAAAGUAUGCAGCUAUGCUUGCUGAUAAGAUGCAGAAGUAUGGUGCCACUGGGUGGCUCGUCAACACGGGUUGGUCUGGUGGAAGAUAUGGUGUGGGAAGUCGUAUUAAGCUGCAAUACACACGUAAGAUUAUCGAUGCCAUACACUCAGGCACCCUUCUGAAUGCAAACUACAAGAAGACAGAAGUCUUUGGACUCGAGAUCCCAACUGAAAUCGAGGGAGUACCUUCGGAAAUCCUUGAUCCUGUUAACGCUUGGCCGGAUAAGGAUGCGCACAAGGAGACACUGUUAAAAUUGGCUGGGCUAUUCAGGGACAACUUUGACGUGUUCACCAACUACCAGAUAGGCAAGGAUAACAAGCUCACACAGGAGAUAGUUUCAGCUGGUCCAAUCUUCUAAUUUGGUACAAUUACUAAGAGAAAAUCCGUUGAGGGAUUGAGGUUUAUGUAUUGGGAUAAGAUUUUAUGCUUUAGACCAUUGAUGCAUAUCAUCAUGUUGUGUCUGCUAUAGAGUUGUUUGUCAUUGUAUGUAACAUUGAAAUGUAUUUUCCAAUUAACACGGAGUAGUAACUUUAGUAGUUCAUCAGUUGAUCAUAUUCAUUUAUUCAUCAAUAUUUAUUGA